AGGUAACAGUGUUUGCCUGGAUGUCCCUUUAAGAGUGCUUGCGUUUUGCCCCCCGUUGCGUGUGAACUUGGUGAAUUGGUGCUCAUGGCGCUCAUGUUCGUGUCUCUCCGGUUGGUUGUCGGGUUUUUAUUCGUUUUUACGGGGAUGAUCAAGGUGACGGAUCGGAUCUCCCCUGAACUGUACGCCGAGGGGCUGGGGGAGUUUGUGAAGUUCGCAGACGUAUUUCCAUUAAAGAGGUUCGGGAUCAGCAUAGAACCCCUCACUUUCCUAACAGCGGUGGGCUGGAUCGAGCUGGUUGGAGGUUUGCUGCUAGCAGUUGGGCCCAGAAUCUUGCAGGAAAUCAGUGAUGUUGUCCUCUCAGUCAUCAUGAUAGCGAGGCAUCCUGACAGAAGCGGAGAUCCUACCUUGAAUCUUCCAGCGUUAGUGCCAUCUAUUCCCUGCUGAUGCUGAAGAAGCCCCUUUACAUGUGCAUACCUGCCGCCGUCUGCCUGGGCAUAUUACUCGUACUCCUCUAUGUCUGGGGAAGAGACAGAGAGAAGCAGAAAAAAGAAUGACCGACUCGUCUCAGUUCCAUAUUCCAUGCAUCAGUUUAGGUUCUGCGCAGUAUCAGAAUUGUUUUUUAAUUCAAAAGUUAUGUAAAACAUGCUAACAGCAGGGAUUUAAUGCCAUAUUUUGAUAAGCAAAUUCUGUAGGACGGCUGGAAAAAAGCAGGUGGAAAUGAUGGAAUGCUCUCUGUCAAGGAGAUAACACACUCAUGGAGAAAGCAAUCCAACUGGUAAAUUGAUAGCAGAAUGUGACUGGGUUUUAUCAUCAGGGAGGGACAUUCAGUUACUGAAUAUCUAAUUUGACUGGAGUAAAUCACUGGUUAGUGUCAGAAUAUUAAAUUAAGAGCAGGAGCAUCUAAUUCUUCAGACCCGUUCCGCUGUUUUGCAAGAUCAUGACUGAUCUGCCAUGAAACCAUUUCUGAGCACAACACCCAUUUUCCGUGAUUGCCUUCAUACCCAUAAGUCUAUCAGUCUCUGUUUAGAGUUAAUUCAGUGACUGAGCCUCUACACCCUUCCAUGGUAGAAAUUCGCCAUGCUUUGUGUAAAGAAACUCACCCCUAUCUCAGUCCUAAAGAUUCAUGGACUAAUUCUGAAAUUGUGACCUCUGUUCCCACACACCUCAGACAGGAGAAUCAUGAUGCCUGCACCCAGGCUGAUGAGCCCUGAAGAAUCUAGUCCUCUCAAAAUGAAUGCUAACAUUGCAUUUCCCUUCCUUACCUCCGACUCAACCUGCAAAUCAACCUUUAGGGAAUCCCAAGUCCCUCUGCACCUCUGACUUUUGAAUUUUCUCCGCAAGUAUGCGUCAUUACAUACCAUCCAAUCCGGAACUGCUAUUACCCUAGUGGGCUCAACCACAAGAUGGUCUAGAAAGCCAUCUCAUAGACGUUCUACAAAUCAGCACCAAACUGAUUUCUUUCAUAACAUGCCUCUUCUAUCUCCCACAUCUUGGCUACUGUUCAGAGGCCUGUAUAUAACUACCAUCAGGUUCUUCGUGCCUUUGUGAUUUUUAUUUUUACCUCUAUCCACAUAUACAAAUGCGAUUUCCUCUUGUUUUCCUUAACCUUAGAGAAUACAGGUCUAAUUUACUCAAUGUGUCUGUUGAUAAACCCACCAUCCUGGAACUAGUCUGAUGAAUUUUCACUAUGCUCUCUAUGGUAAGAGUAUAUAUUCUUAGAUAGGAAGUUCACAGGCUUCUCUGAUUAGUGCCAAAUACUCCCAGAUCUUAGCAGAUAGAGUUACAGAGUCACAGAGCACUAAAAGCAGCCCAUUCAAAUCCACCUGAUCCACACCAGCUGAGGUUCCCUUCUCAGCUAGUCAUAUUGGCCCAGGUUUGUCCUGUAUCCUUUCCUAUUCAUGUACCUGUCCAAGUUCACUUUCGGUGUUUUUAAUAGACUGUACCAGUGAAAAAGGAUCUAGUGCUUUCCUGGCAUAUAUGAUGAAUGAAACUCUUCUCGGGCUUCCAGCAAGGUACAAUAUUGAUUUUAUCUGAUAUUUGGAUGGCAGAGUUUGCCAUGGAAAUGUUGGUUGAAAGCAAUGCCUGCACCUGGCUGGAAGCCUGAGAAGAGUUUACUGUACUAGCCUUAACUUCCCCAGGCAGCUCAUUACAUGGCCAUCCUCGAAGUGAAAAUGUUGCUCCUCGAGUUUUUAUUAAAUCUCUCCCUUUACACCAUGAACUCAUGUCCUUAAGUUCUUGAUUCCACAACCCAAGUAAACUUGGCUGUGUACAUUCACCCUAUCAAUGCUUGUCAUGAUUUUAUAUGCCUCUGUGAUAUAUGCCAUCGCUUGUUCUCUGACGCUCCAGUAAAUAAGGUCUCAACCUGCUCAACCUCUCCCUAUAACUCAGUUCCUUAAAUCCUGGCAACAUUCUUGUAAAUCUCUGCAGUCUGCCCAGCUUAAUGGCUUCUUUCCUCCAACAGGGUAACCGUAACUGAAUAUAAUAUUCCAAAUGAAACCUCCCUGAUGUUGGUUUUAUGAAAUGUUUUCUACAAAUGACCCACUGUGAGUUGACUAUUGUACAAAUUUAGAAAUAAAUCAUAAGCACUUACAAAUGAUAUGAUAUUCAUGGAUGAUGACCUUUUUUUUACUUUUUUGUUAAAAUCUUUUUGUAUUUAUCAAAUAAUUAAUCUGCCGCUCUGCAGGGAAGUAAUAUAUCAUCUUACAUUUGAAGUGUAAUUGGAGGAGUGUAGUUUGUUCUGUGCUCUUGAAAUUUGAAAUCUGACCAAAUUCAUUCGGUGAUGAAAGAUACUUGGCAGGUGUGGACCAGGAUUAAACUUCAAGAAAAACAUUCCACACCGGGCUGGGGCAGGGUUCUAAAUAGUGUUAAUUCCAGCACAAGUGAACUGGUAAUUGUGGUACUUCAUUGUUAUUAAAAUAUAUCACUGCUGAGGUUAUUGUCAGUAAAGAGGAAACAGCAAGCAAGCACUUUUUACUGAUAAAU